GGAACUGUGAGUAAUCUUCAGUGGUUAUCCAUUCGUUCCCUCAUGUCGACCCGGUCCUGUCUGCGUCUGUCCUACAUUAUAUACAGAAUCUACUGAGCAUUAUUUUGCUAUCACAUUGUCACUAUACAUUCGUCCGCGCCUCACAUCAAGACAGCAUGAGUAGACCUGUGUCUCCACUUCACGAUCUGCUGGCAAAGGCACCAAAGGCUAGCGAGGACUUCCAGAUAGCUAUGGACGAGACUUCGCCUUACCAAACAUAUGAUGGCACUAAGCAGAACGAGUCACAAUUUCUUGAGCCUCCACAGCAUAGGGCUCCCCACAGGCCAUUAUCCCCAGACACUCUUUCCAACCUUUCUGCAGAAGAGUUUGACCAACUCGGCCCAAGAAACGACGAACCAUCGGUCUGGUUAGAUGGUGGACAUCAAGCACUGAAACCAUCAUGGACGGCCAAAUGGCAAGCCAAGCUCCGUGCUAGUUGGACACGCAAUGCCGGUCUCUUCUACAUGUUGCUUGCACAAGUCUUUGGUGUGAUGAUGAAUGUCACGACAAGAUUAUUGGAGAUCGAAGGAAACAAGGGCAAAGGGCUGCAUCCAUUCCAAAUCUUAUUCGCCCGCAUGUCUAUCACUGUUGUGCUUUCAUCUCUGUAUAUGUGGUAUACAAAGACGCCACACUUCCCUCUGGGUAACCGCGAAGUGAGAUGGUUGCUAGUCGCGAGAGGCUUGGGUGGCUUCUGGGGCGUAUUUGGAAUGUAUUAUUCUCUUAUAUACCUACCGCUCGCAGAUGCCACGGUCAUAACGUUCCUCGCGCCCAGUCUCACAUGCUGGGUUUGUUCGUUUUUGCUUAAAGAACCAUUCACAAAGAUCGAUAAGAUUGGGAGUCUCAUAUCUCUGGUGGGCGUGGUUUUCAUCGCCAGACCCACAUCGUUGUUUUUCUCGUCAGCGGAUGCUCCACCAGCCAGUGGAAACACCGACGUCGUGUCUGGGGCUAACAGCACAGUGACCAUUCCGGACGCAUCGAACUACGACAAUCGAGCUCAUCCACUGAUCAGUGUGAACUACUUUGCUACAUGGUGUACUAUCGUCAGUAUAGUAGCGCAGCUUACCCUUCCCGGCAUCGGAUUUCUUCUUCCUGCAGACGCGAAAGAGUGGGGAUAUUUGUUGUUUCUUGGAACAUGCGGAUUCAUCAUGCAAUUUCUUUUGGCAGCAGGAUUGAGUUACGAAAAAUCGUCGCGAGCCACCAACAUGGCAUACACAUCAAUGCUGUUCGCGCUAGGGUUUGACAGAUUCAUCUUUGGACAAACACCAGGAGCGACAUCUAUAAUUGGGUCGACAUUGAUUCUUGGGUCGGCGAUUUAUAUGGCAAUGCAACGAGACAAGGGGGGUAGUGCUCGGGCAAAUAAUGAGACUAGGACAGGAGUGGGACAAAAUAGAGAUGAAGAGGAAGGUUUGAUGAGAGGAGCAGAUGAAGGAGAUGAGGAAAUUAUUGACCGAGGACAAGAAAGCAUCAUUGAAAUGGAGCCAAUAGAGGCAAGACGGUGAUGGAGGUUAUGAAUAAUCAUAGAUAUACGUAGAACGUACAUAGUUAAUGAUGAUUUGCAAUCGACGGAAACGCGUGACAAAGACACGGCGGACGCAAAGGAGGAAUAAUAAAGCUAAGGUGGAAAAAUGGAGCGAAAAGGG